AUGGAUAUCCCACUAUCGGACAACAUCGUGCGGGUCAAGCUGCUUGACACCACAACCUACCUGACCGGAAAGGCUUUUGUGUUUGUUGACCCCGUUGUUCCUGGACAUGAAACCUUUAACUUCUUUGACCUUGCAUUUUUCAUCGAGAAUGAGGCCCAAGGAAAGAAAGUGAUGUUCGAUCUUGGAACACGCAAAGACUACUGGAAUCUUGCACCGGCCGUUCAGUAUAUUUUUGGCGCCAAUGCGGUCAUGGAUGGAAUACGGAUUGAAAAAAACGUAAGUGAGAUUCUGGAAGAUGGAGGUGUGACACUGGAGAGUAUCAACUCCUGUAUCUGGUCCCACCACCACUAUGAUCACUGCGGUAACAUGUAUCCAUUCCCUUCAUCGACUUCUAUCACUGUUGGCAGUGGCUUCAAGGCAGCCGGGCUGCUGCCAGGCUACCCCGAAAACCCGAAGUCUCCAGUCCUGGCCUCAGACUUCGCCAAUCGGGACCUGAUCGAGGUUGACUUUGAACGUGACUUUUCAAUCGGUGGAUUCCCUGCAUACGACUACUUUGGAGACGGAUCUUUUUACCUCCUCGACUCUCCUGGUCACUGUCCAGGCCACCUUUGUGCGUUGGCACGUACCACCCCAUCCUCUGCAGAAGACGGCGCCACAUUCGUCUUCAUGGGUGGGGAUAUCUGCCACUUUGCAGGUGACUUUCGCCCAUCCCCCGAGAAACCUCUUCCAGACCCCAUCCCUGAAUCCGUUAUCACAUGGCGCAAUGAAGCCAGGAACCUCCUUGCCUGUCCGUGUUCUCUCACAGCCCACCAUCCUAAUACCUCCGACCAAGGGGCUGCUCGCACAACGCCUUGGUAUAACAUGCGCGCUGAGUAUCCCACGGCAUACCCCGACAUUGAAAAUGCGCGGGCUUCGGUUGCCAAAAUGCAAUCUCUGGAUCAAAAUGAGAACGUCUUGGUGUGCAUUGCCCAUGACGCGGUUCUACUUGACUAUCUGCCCAUUUUCAAUAAGAAUCCGAGCCAAGAUAUCAAUAGUUGGAAGAGUGAUGGCAUCAAAGAGAAAUGCUAUUGGGGUUGGAUGAGAGAAGUUGCGGUGGACGGACAACCAGCACAUGCUCCUCUAGUUGAGGGCUUCUGGAGAGAUGGCAAGCUUUGGGAUUAUGAGGUGUUCAAAAGGACCCUGGACAUAGCGCCUUGA